AACCGGUCGUGCUGACAAUUGACAACUGACAAGUGUUUUUGUUUACGUAUCAUAGCUGGUUUGCAUUUAAUAAGAAAAUAAAAAUUAAUUUCAUGCGGUCAGAGAAAAAAAUUUUCUAAUACAGUAUAGUAAUCAUCCUUUCAACAGAAACAAUAAUGAAUAUUACAGAUGAUUUAAGGCGUAACCUUGCUUUUCUUAUAGAACAAUCUCAUGUUUUACCAGAUUUCUGUAAACUAGCAAUUGAUUAUCUGCAAAAAGGACCCAAUCUAAAAAUAUAUAGCGCUGCAGCUCAAAAACUACAAGUAGAACCCAAGAUUAUAAGGAGUUCCGUAGAAGCUCUGCUAAAUUUUUUAUUUGAAUGUUGUAAGAAUAAACUGAGCAUAGAGGAUUUAAAGGAAACUAUUUCAAGCCUAGGAUUUCCAGAAGAACAUGGAACAGUACUAUGUGAUUUGUAUACUCUAAAAAGUCAAGAGAUUUCAGAUGCUUUGAGUAACUUAGAUUUGAAAUUACCUGAAUAUCAUAAUCUAGAAUGGAGAUUUGAAGCACAGAUUGCUUCCAGAUCAUUACUUCACCAAGUAAUUCCUUUAAUAACAAUGGAUCUAGCUUUAGCAAAUACAUCAGAUUCAUCAAAACUGGAACAUGUGUAUCUACAAACCGAUCCAAAUAAUUUACUGCAUCUUGCUCAAGAACUUGAAAUAGCCUUACGCGAAGGUCGGAGUAGGCACGUUCAAAGUAUCGCAAGAAUCGUCGAGAGUAAAGAUCCUUCGUAAUUGUUUUUAGAUGAAAUUUAUAAAAGUUUAUUUCUAAGUUAAUUAAUUUUCAACAUUGACCAAAUCAAAGUUGAAGAAUCAUUUAAUUGUAAAUAAUAUUGGAGUAAGAUUUCAUAAGUUGUAUUUAUUUUUAUAUGCAAAGUAGCCAAACGAAUAAAUCGAUAGUU